GGAACGAAAAAAUGAGUAGGAGUAGCCGUUCAAGUCGAACUCUUUACGUUACUAAUCUUCCUGGCGAUAUCCGCUUGAGGGAGGUUGAAGACCUGUUCUACAAGUAUGGCCCUAUUGUUGACAUCGACUUGAAAGUGCCCCCGAGGCCUCCUGGUUAUGCUUUCGUUGAGUUUGAGGAUCCUCGUGAUGCUGAAGAUGCGAUUCGUGGUCGAGAUGGGUAUGACUUUGAUGGCCACCGGUUAAGAGUUGAGCUUGCUCAUGGAGGCCGCGAGCAUUCAUCACCUGUGGAUCGCUAUGACAGCUACAGUAGCAGUAGCAGUCGUGGACCAUCAAGGCGAACUGACUAUCGCGUUCUGGUCACCGGAUUGCCUUCCUCUGCUUCAUGGCAAGACUUGAAGGAUCAUAUGCGCCGAGCUGGUGAUGUAUGCUUUUCUCAGGUCUUUCGUGAUCGCGGAGGUAUAUUCCAGUUGAUUUUGGGUCGGCGAAUCGGUCGGAGACGUUGCGCUGGAAGAGCUCCAGGUCCUCGAGCUCGAGCUCGUGGUUGGGGUCCACGGCGGUGA